CUUCUCCAGUGCUCAUCUCAUCAUUCACAGCUUGCAAUAUGCAAUUUGCAUGCUCACACACUCAAACACUAACACUCACUCACAACCUCACUUCACUCUCUCAUCUCAAUUCAAUUCAACACAGAACAGAACAGAACACAACAAACAAAACAACCACUAACUAACACCGCAGACCACCGUCCAAUUUCUCAAUCCGGCAACACUGCUCAACACAAUGCGUUCUCGAUCUCAUUAUGGAUUUUCGAUUACCCAAAAUGCCCUCGCGCUGCUUUAUUUAUUCUGCAUCUUCACCAACCCACCUGCGUCCACGGCUCUCAACUUCACCGCGCUGCUCUCCACCGUCCCUGACCUCUCCCAAUUCACCGCGCUCCUUGCCUCCGCAACGCCUAUAACGGCGGAUCUCUCCGACCGCUCCUCCCUCUCCAUCCUCGCCGUCCCCAACGCCUAUCUCGCCGCCGAUGACCACCUCGCCCGCCACCACCUCUCCCCCGCUGCCCUCGCCGAUGUCCUCCGCUACCACGUCCUCCUCCAGUUCCUCUCCUGGUCCGACCUCCGCGCCCUCCCCCCCGCCGGGAAACUCGUCACCACUCUCCUCCAGACAACCGGACGCGCCACCGACAACUUCGGUUCCGUGAACCUCACGCGCGACCCCCAAUCCGGCCUCGUCUCGAUCCGCUCCCCCGCCCCGUACUCCCCCUCAAACGUCACCGUUUUGUCCCUCGUCAAAACCCUACCCUACAAUGUCACCAUCUUCGCCGUCAAUUCCCUCCUCAUCCCCUACGGCCUUGACCUCAUGGCGUCCGAAACCCGCCCCAACAUCGUCCUCAACAUCACCAAAGCCCUAAUCGACGGCCACAACUUCAACGUCGCCGCCUCAAUGCUCGCGGCCUCCGGCGUAGUUCAGGAAUUUGAGGCUGAUGAGGGUGGUGCUGGAAUCACUCUUUUCGUACCGGUGGAUGAUGCCUUUGCUGAUCUUCCACCCUCUGUGGCCCUUCAGUCUCUACCUGCAGAUAAAAAAGGGGUGGUUCUUAAAUUCCAUGUCCUCCAUUCCUAUUACCCUCUUGGCUCGCUUGAAUCGGUUGUUAACCCCUUCCAACCCACCCUCGCCACUGAGGCCAUGGGUGCUGGUAGUUUCACACUCAACAUUUCGCGUGUGAAUGGCUCUGUUGCCAUCAACACCGGCAUUGUACAGGCCUCAGUUACGCAGACCGUCUUUGAUCAGAACCCUGUUGCCAUUUUUGGGGUUUCCAAGGUUCUCUUGCCGAGGGAGAUUUUUGGUAGGAAUCCGAUGGUCACUGCCAAGCCUCUUGAAGGUGCUCCUCCGCCGGAUGAGGAUACUCUGUCACCAGAGAAUUCGCCGGGAUUUGGUGGACAGCCCUCACACCUAUCAUCACCGCCGGGGUUUCGCGAAGAUGUGCGGUCACAUGGUGGUGGGUGUGCCUUGCAGAGUAGCAAAUUUCGUUUGGUACAGGAGUUUGUGCUGGUUGCUUCUUACUGUUAUCUUACACCUAGAUGACCGUCAGAGAAGGGAGGAAAGCUGACAAAGCAGUUACAGCAUUAAUUCAACCCUUUCAAUGCAGCUCAUACGUGCUCUUCAAGUAAGGAAACCCAGUGGGGGCUGCUUCGCGUACUUUCUGCAUCCAGCUUUUGUUCCUCCUUUUCAACCUCACCAUUUACAAACAAGAACAAAUAUGUCAUCAGUUUUUCUUCGUAGACCAUGGGUCUUUUUUUUUUUCUUUUUUUUCUUUUUUUUCUUUUUAAAUUGGAGAGAAGGGUCAGUAU